AUGGACGGAAUCUCGGGUAAAACUGGGCCAUCAACCCCCACCUCAUCUCGAAUCCCCCGUACUUCGCGAACGCGAAAAAAGGCAUGCCGAAAAUGUGUAGCAGCCAAAACUGCGUGUGAUCUCAGAAAGCCGAAAUGUAAGCGAUGCAGAGAUCGCGGCACGAGUUGUGAAUACCCAGCGCUUGGUGAACCAACAAGUGAUGGCAAUGAAGAGACUCAAUAUGCUACUGUGAACACCAGCCCUUUGAGCAAUAUCUCCAAUGCUCUCUCCAUGGAUUCCACAUGGCCAGGGGGUCUGGUUAAACACACUGCGGAUAUAUCUCAUACCCUAAAUAACUCUAUCAUCACGGGUAGUGGACCAGCUCUUUCAGGAUCCACUGUUGUACUAGACUUCCAACAACUCGAUCUAGCGCCUAUGAUCGAUGCCGAGGAGAUUCGCGAUCGCUGGCUACGUCCCUACAUCUCAAGCUCGACGGGCCAAGAGCCCAAACAGUUGAAUUAUCACACCAUACAGUAUCUCACCUGUGUGUUGAAAUCAUAUCUCAGGAAUCUACUCGAUUCAAUUGCACCACCUUUCCUUCACUCAAUGCAACAGAUGGGGGCUUGCCCACCUGUCCUGGCUUCCUGCUUCACCUUGGUUCGGACGUGGUUGACUCGGAUUCCUGGAUGUGAACCUUUGAUUCUGGGGACAAUGCGAGCAGAGAUGAAGAAAAUCGAAACACAGAACGCCCUUCAAAGCGACUUCGACAACCUAUGCUCGUUCCAGGCGUAUCUCAUCUACUCCAUGACCAUACAUUUCUUUCCUGGUACAGAGACUGUCGAUGAACCCCACGCUUUCGAUAAUCAAACACAGAUAGAAAUGCAAGAAAUAGCUUUCCGAUCCGCCAAAGGAGGUCUUAUCUGUAAAGCAGAAGAAUCCCAGACCCGCCCGAACUGGGAGUCAUGGAUAGUCGCGUCUGCCAAGCGCCGUACCAUUUUUACCAUGUAUCUCUUCACCAACGUCUACAAUACCCAACUCGGGCUGCCAAACUUUGUUGCCGAAGAAUUGAGAGGGACUAUGGCACCAGAAGGCAAAAUACUCUGGGAAGCCUCAGACCGUACCGUUUGGGAAAGAGAAUACAAUCGGCACUUGUCUCGCUGGGAGGACGGGAUGCUUGAGAUAUCAGAGCUAUGGAAGUCUGCUGAAACUGGGACAGAUGCCCGGCGGGAGAGGAUCGAGCGGUGGUUGCAAUCUGCUGAUGAGUUUGGGAUGAUGUUCUUUUCUGUUUGUGCGCAUAUUCAUGGAUGCUAG